AUGGAUGUCUUUGGUAUGAUAACACGUUUACCGUCAUUGGCUUUUGGUGCAUCACGUUGUGAUGAUAGUUUUGCCGAUCGACUAUCAUAUAAAUAUACAGUUUUUAUGCUUGCUCUUUUUGCUAUUGUUGUCACAAAUAAACAAUUUGGUACUAAGCAUAUACAAUGUUGGGUUCCUGCACAAUUUACAAAAAAUUAUGAGGAAUAUGUCAACGAUAUAUGUUGGGUAUCAAAUACAUAUUAUAUUCCUCUUGAACAAAAAGUACCAAAACUUGAGAUUGAAAGACGUCAAAAUGAAUUACGUUAUUAUCAAUGGAUACCAUUUAUCUUACUUCUUCAAGCAUUUUGUUUUUAUUUUCCACAUAUUAUUUGGCGUUCAUUAUCACGUCGUAGUGGUAUUGAUGUACGUGAUAUAGUUGAUGCAGCUAUUCAUUAUAAAUCAGUUGAUAUAGCAACAAAAGAUGAUGAACAUAAAAAUGAAUUAAUGGAAUAUAUUGUUGAAACAAUUGAUAAAUAUGUUGAUGAUCCACGACGACAAACUAAUAAACGUAGUAAAUGUAUGAAUUUAAAAUAUAUAUUAAUGACAAUAUGUAUUUGUAUGGGAAAAUAUUUGGGUAAUUAUUUAAUUGUUGUUUAUUUUACAACAAAAGCAUUAUUUAUAAUCAAUGCUGUAUGUCAAAUAUUUUUAUUAAAUUUAUUUUUGGGACAAAAAUUUCAUUUAUUUGGAAUACAAGUACUUAAACGAAUUCUUCAAGGACAAGGUUGGGAUACACAAUCAAAAUAUUUUCCAAAAGUAACAUUAUGUGAUUUUCAAAUAAGAGAAACUUUGCAUCAAACUGAUUCACAUCGUUAUACUGUACAAUGUGUUCUUCCAUUAAAUUUAUUUUCUCAACAAAUUUUUACUUUUAUUUGGUUUUGGUAUAUGAUGGUUUUUAUAGUUUCAAUAUUUGAUGUUAUUGUUUGGGUAAUACGUUUUCUUCCUAAUAAACAAUAUAAUUAUAUAAAACGACGGUUACAAUUAAUGAGAUGUGAUAAUGAUUUUAAUAGUCAAUCACCUGAAUAUAUUAAAAGAUGGUAUAUGGAAUUUAUAUAUGGUUAUCUUGAACCCGAUGGUAUAUUUAUGCUUCGUUUAUUAUCAUCGAAUACAAGUGAUUUUGUUUGUACUGAAGUUAUUAAUCAAUUAUGGCAAUCAUUUUAUGCUAAAGAUUUAAAACGAUUAAAACAUACAUACAAACGUGACUUAGGUGGUGAACAAAUUACAUCAGAAAUAAAACGUGAAAUAUCAGAUUCUGUAGAUUCAUUGCAAGGUGAUGAUUCAAUACGACGUCGAAAUAUAAAUUUCUCAUCAAUUUCAACUCAAAAAUCCUCAAUAGAUAAAACAGAUAAUGGUUACGAAUCAUUAACAACAGGCAAAAAAUCUUCUUUUAUACCUCUAUUCGAAGAUGAUGUAUAA